AUGAGAAUAAAUCCGAGGAAAGGAGAAGCCAGGACGCACUUUUCGAACGAGGCUCUCGCCGCUUGGGCUGCGAGCCCGUCCGCGGUAGCGUCCGCCGCGGGCGCCGCCUCAGGACCUGGCCCCGCACGGGCGCGGCUGCCCGGAGCGCGCGGGUCAAGGCGGCCCUCGAGCCCACGCUCAUUCCGGACCAGCGCGGCGCCUCCUCGGGACUCCGGUUCCGGCAGCACCUCAGGCUCGUUCUGGGCACACCCGCCGCCACACCUUCGCUCCCAGGGCUCUCCUCCCUUGCUCAGCUUGGCCAUCCGCCGGAACUCACUUCCAACACGACAGGGGAAGGCCGUCUCGGCUUGCGUCCGUCACCCGACGAAGCCGAAGACCAGGCGCCCGCAACCCAACGCUGUGGGUGCGCACCCCCACUUGCAGCUGGCGCAGACGAGACGCUGAGAGCCAAAAACGGCUGUCAGCCGGCCCACCCCGGCGCCUCCAACGGACCUCAUUACCCUUCCCGCCCACCAACAGCCAGUACUACAAUUCCCGGCAGGCAUCGCGCAGUGCCGCAAAAAGACCGGGCCCCAGCGGCAUGCUGGGAGUUGUAGUGAGUGAGCCUGACUGCUUUUCCCUUCUAUUAAGCAUUCCCACUUGGAAGACAGUAAUGCGCGGCUGACAGCCGGUUCUCCAGCUUCGCCGUCGGAACUAAACGUGACCAAGGACUGCGCCCUUCCGCCCCGCGGUGCACACCGCGUCGCUGCCACGGGGCUUCGCUCCGCCCUCCAUCCACACCCGUUCCCUUGACGGUUCAAGCUCCGAGCGGCCG